AUGCGUGAGAUUGCCACUGCUGAGCCCAAGGACCAGCAGCUCAUGGUAGCCCUGCGAAUCCGCCCGCUCAAUGAUGCAGAAGUGGAGGAAGGAGCCACGACCAUCGCCCACAAAGUGGGGGACCAGAUGGUGGUGCUCAUGGACCCCGGUGAGGACCCCGAGGACACGCAGCGCGCCCACCGGUCCCGGGAGAAGACUUUCAUAUUUGACACUGUUUUGGACCAGCAUGCAUCUCAGGAAGAUGUAUACUGUGCCACCACCCAGCGCUUGGUGGAAGGCGUCAUUUCCGGAUACAACGCAACGGUGUUUGCCUACGGCCCCUCAGGUGCUGGGAAGACCUACACCAUGCUGGGCAUGGAUGCAGAGCCUGGCAUCUACCUGCAGACGCUCACAGACCUCUUCCAGGCCAUUGAGGAAACCAGAGACAACAUGGACUACAGUGUGUCCAUGUCUUACCUGGAGAUUUACAACGAAGUGAUCCGGGACCUACUGAACCCGUCCUCAGGGUUUCUGGACCUGAGGGAAGAUUCUCGCGGCAGCAUCCAGAUCCCAGGCAUCACAGAGGUCUCCACCUCAAAUGCCCAGGAGAUCAUGCAGCUGCUCACCAGAGGAAACCGGGAGCGCACUCAGGAGCCGACAGCCACCAACCAGACCUCGUCGCGUUCACACGCUGUGCUGCAGGUCACUGUGCGCCAGUGGGGCCGUGGCACGGAGCUGGCGGAGGCUGUGCGCGUGGGCCGGCUCUUCAUGGUGGACCUGGCUGGCUCAGAGCGCGCGUCUCAGACCCAGAACCAAGGCAAGAGGAUGAAAGAGGGUGCUCACAUCAACCGCUCGCUGCUGGCGCUGGGCAACUGCAUCAACGCGCUCAGUGAGAAGGGCGGUGGCCGAGCGCAGUAUGUGAACUUCCGGGACAGCAAGCUUACGCGCCUGCUGAAGGAUGCCCUGGGGGGAAACAGCCGGACAGUGAUGAUCGCGCACAUCAGCCCCGCCAGCACCCACUUUGAGGAGUCGAGGACCACCUUGCUUUACGCCUACAGAGCAAAGAACAUCAAGACAAGGGUAAAGCGCAACCUGCUGAAUGUCUCCUACCACAUCGCCCAGUACACAGACGUCAUCUCCGACCUCCGCAGGGAGAUCGAGCACCUCAAGUCAAAACUGGAGAAACAGGAGAAGAGGAGCGAACCCGACACCCAAGACGUCCAAGCUGUGAUCCCAGCCCAUGACACCGAGGAAGAGAGCCGCCAGCAGAUGAACAAGAUCCGGGCGCAGCUCAUUGGGGCCUUCAAGGAGCAGCUGGAGAUGCGGCGCAGCCUGGUGGAGCUCGAGAACACCAACAUCGAGCUGCAUGUGGACACCUCCCGCCACCUGCUGACCAUCGCAGACUGGGAGCGGGAGAAGACCCACCAGGCACACGGGGAGCGGCCUGGACCCGAGGGGGGCGAGGAGCUGCAGGAGGCCGACGUGGAGGGCGAGUGUGCGGAGCCCCCCGAGGUGGCCCUGGCCAGAGAGGAGAUCAGCACACUUCUUGCCGAGCAGCGGAAAACGGCCGCCCUCAAGGUGGGGCGACAGGCGGCGGCCCCCCACAACUAUUUCAUGGAUGGGGAAACUGAGGCACAGAGAGCUAGUUCCCUGAGCGUCACUCUUGCGGAAAACGACAGGCUGGCCCUGGGUGCUGUCCCAGCCGCCGCCGAGUGUCUGCAGACACAUCUUCAGCCCUCCAAGCUUCAGAGCAAGGGAAAGCGUUUAGCUCAGAGGAGUGUGGCCGCCGGCAGAGGGCACCCCUUUGAGGGCCGGCGGGUGCUGCUUUGUGGCAUCGUCUCGGCUGUGCCAGCAGGGAUGAAGGGGCAUGGCGCUGUGGCUUCGAUGCACGUGCCUGUCGGCCACCUGCAUGUCCCCGUGGGAGCCCGUCUGCCCACACGCUUGGUCUCUCGCCAGGCGGGGCUGGAGCAGCGCCUGGCGAACGCCAAGAAGAAGGCCUCGCAGAUGGAGAAGCUGCUGCCCAGACAGGCCAUCAGCGAGGGCCAGCGGGAAGUGCUGCAGCUGCUGUGUCGCGCCCACGAGCUGGAGGUAGAGAACACGGAGCUGCAGGCCCGCAGCCUGUGCUGCAAGAACCUGCUGCGCCAGAAGGACUUCGUCAUCCAGCGCUGCCGCCAGCACCGGCUGCUGGGCGAGCAGCUCGUCCGCGAGCAGAGGCAGCUGAUCCAAGACAUGCUGCACCCACCGAGCAGCCCUGGCACGGGAACCUACGUCCUGUCCAGGCGUUUGCUGCUUCUGGACUUUCACGGGAACGGCGGGCUCGUGGUGCCGGACGCCCUGGAAAAGCGGUACCGCCUGUACUCACAGGAGCGGGGCGAGGGCACACUCAACCGUCUGCUGCUCCUGCAUUCACUGAUGGCUGGCGCCCUGCACAUCAACGUUACCCCAGCCCGCGGGGGUGUACGGUGCCAGGGCCGUGGGGCUGGAACGUACCACACGCCACAGCGCUCCAGGCUGAAGGCCACCUCAGGGCACUGGCUCCAGGGGGAGGACGGCUCUGUGCUGAACGGAUCGCCCCCGCCGCCAGAGGACUCCAGCCGAGACCAGGCUGAUGGCAGGAAGGACCUCCCGUGGGGGGCCCAGUUUGAGCUGCCACCCAUGCUGCUGGAGACAGACAGGUACCGCGCUCCGCUGCCCGUCACCUUGGUUUUCCCAGAGUCGGGAACUGGAGGCCAGCAGAUGGACUUCCAGGCCACAGCCCCGUGCGACCCAGAGCUCCUCCGUGUUCUAAUCUGUGCGGUGGGUCCGGGAGCCUCCGUGCAGGGUGCUGGUGCCGUCAGCGUGUGCUUGGGGCUGAUGCUGCUGUGA